CGCAGAGCGCACUGGAGCCCUGGCCAGCGCGCAGCCUUCCCGGCGCCGGCAAGCAGGGUCUUGGGAAUUCUCACUUGCUUCGGCUCACUCUCUUUCACAAAAACCACUGGAUCUUACAUGCCUCUGUAAGCCCCACUUCCACUCCAUGUCCCCAUGAUCCUGUGCCAGCAACAGGACAAGUUCCCUGGAUGCCAGCUGAAUUACUAAGGUAACUCUGCUGGUCAGAAAGAACCCCAAGGUUCUUGGAAGCAUCCAUCUCUCCUCAUUAAAAAAAAAUAUUAUUAUUAUUUUUUUGGUGUGUGAGUCUUCACCGAACAUUCAAAACUGUUUCUUCAAAGGGUUUUGCAAAAACUCAGACUGUUUUCUAAAGCAGAAACACUGGCGUCCACAGCGGAAGCAAUGGGCAGUGUGCGAACCAACCGCUACAGCAUCGUCUCUUCGGAGGAAGAUGGCAUGAAGUUGGCCACCAUGGCAGUGGCUAACGGCUUUGGGAAUGGCAAGAGCAAAGUCCAUACCCGGCAACAGUGCAGGAGUCGCUUUGUGAAGAAAGAUGGUCACUGCAAUGUUCAGUUCAUCAAUGUGGGAGAGAAGGGACAGAGGUACCUGGCAGACAUCUUUACCACCUGUGUUGACAUUCGCUGGCGGUGGAUGCUGGUUAUCUUCUGCCUCGCAUUUGUGCUCUCCUGGCUGUUCUUUGGCUGUGUGUUUUGGUUGAUAGCUCUGCUCCAUGGGGACCUGGAUGCUUCUAAAGAGAGCAAAGCGUGUGUGUCUGAGGUCAACAGCUUCACAGCCGCCUUCCUCUUCUCCAUUGAGACCCAGACAACCAUUGGCUACGGUUUCCGGUGUGUGACAGAUGAGUGUCCAAUUGCUGUUUUCAUGGUGGUAUUCCAGUCAAUCGUAGGCUGCAUCAUCGAUGCCUUUAUCAUCGGUGCAGUCAUGGCAAAGAUGGCAAAGCCAAAGAAGAGAAACGAGACUCUUGUCUUCAGUCACAAUGCUGUGAUUGCCAUGAGGGACGGCAAACUGUGCUUGAUGUGGCGGGUAGGCAACCUUCGCAAAAGCCACCUUGUGGAGGCUCAUGUCCGGGCACAGCUUCUCAAAUCCAGGAUCACUUCGGAAGGGGAGUAUAUCCCCUUGGACCAGAUAGACAUCAAUGUUGGUUUCGAUAGUGGAAUUGACCGUAUAUUUCUAGUGUCUCCUAUCACUAUUGUUCAUGAAAUAGAUGAAGACAGCCCUUUAUAUGACUUGAGUAAGCAGGACAUUGACAAUGCAGACUUUGAAAUUGUUGUCAUACUGGAAGGCAUGGUGGAGGCCACUGCCAUGACAACGCAGUGCCGGAGUUCAUAUCUGGCCAACGAAAUUCUCUGGGGUCACCGCUAUGAGCCAGUUCUCUUUGAAGAAAAGCACUACUACAAAGUGGACUAUUCAAGGUUCCAUAAGACUUAUGAAGUACCUAACACCCCCCUUUGCAGUGCCAGAGACUUAGCAGAGAAGAAAUAUAUCCUCUCAAAUGCAAAUUCAUUUUGCUAUGAAAAUGAAGUUGCCCUAACAAGCAAAGAGGAAGAGGACAGUGAGAAUGGGGUCCCAGAGAGCACCAGCACAGACUCGCCACCUGGCAUAGAUCUUCACAACCAGGCGAGCGUCCCUCUAGAGCCCAGGCCCUUAAGGCGAGAAUCGGAGAUAUGACUGGCUGACUCUGCCUUUGGAAUAUUUACUUCGCUACACAGUCUGUUGUUGGUCAGAGGGCCGGGACAGUGAUACAGACCAUGGUACUGGUCGAGAGGUGGGUGAAGGCAAGCAGCCACAAAAGACUAAGGCUAGCACGAAGGUUUCAAGAAAAGACUGUAAGCUGGAUGACUGAUAUAAAGUGCUUUGCAGGCCUCCGAGUGACCCGAUGGCACAUAUCUGUUGUAGAAUAAGUUAUGUUUUUUUUUUUUUUUAAUGUAUUGUUUUGUGUUUUUACAAAACUUGAAUAUGCAGGCAAGCCUCGGUUUGGGUAUAUGACUUACCUGGAAUGCUUCUCUUUAGGGGGAACAAGAAUGAUUUUAAUGGCAUAACAUAGGCAAGACUCUGCCUUAAUUUUCUGAAAAGCUGCUAACUACAUGAACACAAACUGUAUUUUUGUUGCAGUGUAGUUUAUCUUUGACAUAAUCUUAAAAAAGUCAGUGUUGAACAUUGUUGAAAGCUCACGGUAUGCUUCCAAGUGUCAAGUAUUUGGCUAUAACUGCCAAAAUGGGAGCCUGAUUUUCUGAGGCCAGUAAUUUGUUUGCUAAAAUUGAUCUCUCUCGCUCUAUGUCUCUCUCUGUCUCUCUUUCUGUCUGUCUUUCUUCCUCUCUCUCCUGUUUCUUGUUACAUAAGGGCAUUAUGUAACACUAGCCAAAUGGUAGCCUCCGGGUUUUAUACUUUUCCUUUCCACCAUGCUAAUAGGUUAUCUCAAAUUUUUAGUUAGACUACCUAAAAUAAAUACCAAAGAUAAUGCACAUUUUUUGCACAGUGGAGUUUAUAUUUAAACGGGGAACAAAGCCCCAUGGGUUGUCUGGGAAAUCCAGAGACACUUACUUUGAACCUCAGCAAGAUGUUACAAAUAGCCCAUUCAUUUUGCACCUUAGUCUGAAAAGAGCAUCUGAAUCUGAUAAAUGUAGUAUUUGUUUGUUUGUUUGUUUGUUUUAAACUCUGUUCUUUUGUGCGUCCUUCUUAUUUGAAAGGGAAGGGGAAGCAUGGGUCAAACUUACAUAUGCACUAUUCAGACAUUUUUUUUUUCUGUGAUAGGUAGUGCUGGUCCGGCUAAUGUAUUCAAAAUAGAGAGAGAGAGAGAGAGAGAGAGAGAGAGAGAGAGAGAGAGAGAGAGCAGUAGUCACUAAGACUUUUCUGGGCUUUUCUCUUAUUGCACAUUCCAAAGUUUAUUCCAUAAGAUCAGAUCUUGGUUUAACUUUGUUGGUAACCUGGCACCCUCCAAACAGAGCCACCCAGCAUGGGAGAUAGAUAGAUUGCAAAUUCUGCAGCUGAGUCAUGGUCUUGACUGUCAGGUCAUUUCUAGCUUGGUGUCAUAUUAAGAAAGAUGUCUGGCCUCUAGGCUUGUACUUCUGGGGUGUCUGAAAAGAGUGAUAUACUCAACAUGAGCUGAAUAUGCAAAGCAGGUGUGGAUCUUGGGGUGUGUGUGUGUGUGUGUGUGUCUGUUUGUGUGUGUGUUUAUGUGUGUGUGUGUGUUUGUGUACAUGAGCCACUUCAGUGCAACAAUCUGCUUUACAAGGGAGAGGGAAGUUUCCUUUUUCAUGACAGAGGGUAUGAGGGCAUGUCUUGGCAUUUUAGGGUCUCAGUGAGCCAUAUAAAUACAAUGCAAUUACAAGCUGAGGAGUUAAGGGUCUAAAGGGUUACUUCUCUCUGCGUACACACUCAUGGUUAAUGUGAGCUGGCCAUUGUCUCUUGUAAAGUCCCAGAGCAGGUUACCAAGGACACAUCAUUUUCUAGAAGCCUUUCUGCCCAGCCACCUGUCUUUACAAAAGCUUCUCUCUCCAUCUUCACUUUAGCCCAGCAACACAAUUCUCUCUCCCUUUCUUUCUUUUGGCUUUAAAGUUUCCUACUUGUGAAUCUUAGAGCUGCUAAUUUCGCUUUUUAGUUGGAGUCUCAAAAUCAACUCUCUAAUGGUAUUACACCCUAAUAUGCCAUUAAAAAUCAGCUUGUUCUAGCAUCAUGUAUUUUAUUUCAGUUGAUGUUUUGCUGGUCUGUGGCUGGUGAGCAGCUGUAUCUGGAUGCAGUGCCUGUAAAAUGAUGACAGUUUCUGCUGUUUUCAACUUUCUAAGUCAAUGGACUUGAAAACUGUUGGUGUUACUUAAAUCAAGAGGGAAGUGUUGAGAAAGUGGUUGUCAUUGUACAUCCAUGUUUAAAGACAGGGUUAGGAAGUGGCUUGAAGUGGUUGGAGGGGCUUGGGAGGGGUUAAUUCACAGAAGAGAAAACAGACUGGCUUUUGACAGUGCGAGGCCAUGGAGGGCUUCAGAUGCUGCUAUUACAGUGAUUUGCAAAGGAAAAUAAUCAAACCAAAGAGUAUUUAGUGGAAUGUAAAUCAAAUGAAGAUGGAGUGAAGAAUAGGGGUGACCACCUGGGCAUUCCCCCAAACACACAGCGCUACCACUUAAAAGACUUGAGUUAUUUGAAAAGGGGUGGGUUCAGAGACAAGAAAAAAAGGGAGGGGAAUCUUUCAACUUGUUGCUUAAAAAGAAGAAAACAUCUUAAAUUUCUGGUGCAUAGGUUUGUUUUGUUUUGUUUAUUUUUGUUUUUCAAGAAAUUUUUUUGCAGAAGCUACAUUUUUAAAGUGUACAUUUUAUAAAGUUUAUCAGAUAUUUUCAUAUUUAAAGCCAAAUGUAAAUAGAAAUCUGUAAAGGAAAAAUAAUACCCUAAGAGGUAUAAUUACAACAGUGAGUUCUGAGAGCUAGCACCUAUAUGCUACCGGUUAGCAUGGUUUUAGCGGAUAUUACCAGCCUUUUGAGGUUUGUUUUGGUAUGUUCUGUUAUUUAUUUCAGCAUGGACUGUUCCUUUGAGAGCUUUUUGUAGUUAUUAGCAUUUUAAUAGUUACAAGCUUUAAAUGGCUUUUUGUUUUGUUUUGCCAAGAGCCAAGACAUAGGUAAUGCACGGCAUUUCUCCCUGCAUUUUUACCUUCAAAAUAUCUGUCUUCGUUGACUGGGCCUCCAGAACUAGUGUACACACCUGCCACUAGUAUGCAGAUGGAGGGACUCACCUUGAAUAUCUGGGGUUCAUCCCCAGAUUCCCGUUGCUUCUCUGCUGCAAGCAAAUCCCUCUAGGAUGUAUUCCCUUUUAAAGAAUGUUUGCCCAAAUCUGAAUGGGCAUUAUAUAUAUAUUUUUUGGAGGGGGGAGGCAUAGAUUCCUGGUUAUUCUAUUUUUAAAUAAAAGGUAGACAAAGUGAAUUCUAUUUUGAUUAUCGAGAAAGGAAUAGUUUUCUAUCCCUCUAAGAGUAUACUUGAAUCAGACAUUUUUAGAAUGUCAUAUAGCACUGUAGUCAUUUCCAAAUCUCUAGAGAAGUUUGUUUGACUUUGUUCUUGUUCUGUUAAUGCAUUAUUCCUUUUCUUUCACUUCCUUUCUCCCCACAUACCCCCUCCCUAAAUCUUGAUGUGUGUCUCAUGACCUCGGUUUCCCAAAGACGUUCCCCUUGAAGAUAACAAACAUCAGUUUCUCUCUUAUAAUCAGUCACCCCACACAGGCAAAUGUCUCAUCCUGAGGGGUGAUUUAAGCUCCUUGUCACUCUUUUUAAUGAUCCUAAGGUGGAAAGCAUAAAAGUGUUGCAUUAUUGUAUCUCCUCCCACAAUCUUCAGCAAACUAGAGUUUCUUUCCUAGGAAUGUUAGGUUUCAGCUCUGUGCUUUGACCAGUUGGACGGUCCUAGCCUUUGACAAUCAUGAUAGUUAUUAUUUUCCCAUUUGCCAUCUUUUUUGUAUCUAAAGUCUUCCUAUUGUACUGCACAAACCAUGGGUUGUACAUAUUUUUUUAUAUAU